GAUCAGUGCUCGUGUAUAGCGUGUUAUACUUCACCGCGGCUCUUCGUCAAGUCACGAGCGAACGAAAUAUUAUUAAAUAAGCAACCCCAGAAGCCGUUUGAAAAGUAAUUCAAUAUGAGUUUUGGUCUACCAUCCGUGAAACCCAAGCCCUCGGCUGCAGAUAUAAUCAGCAUCCCCGACGACACGCAUGGUGUUCCAAAUGCACUUGUUUCAGGGCUAUCUUCAACAAGAGCAAAUCUUGGAUUUUCACAUCCUCUGCAAGCCUCCGAGCAAAACUACGUGCAGAAUAAAUUGCGCAUGGAUAUGGUUAUGCUGAGAAACACGCAAGGACUUCACGCGCCAAUGCGUCUAGCCAUGGAGCUCAAAGCCGCUGACAAAGUUGGGAGACUACCGUUUCUUCCAUCUUCUGGCCUCAUGCGGGAUGUUAUUCUUGGUAGAGACGAAGAAAUUGGAUUCGAAGACAUCUUCAACAACGCUGAAUUUAGGGAACAAAUGUGUCAGCCUCACGCGAUGGUUGAAAAGAGUUUGGGAAUUCUCUAAACAUCGAUUGGAUCCUUAUUUUUAAGCUUGUAAUAUCAUAGUUUGCACUCUGUUAUUGUGCUCAAUGGCAAAGGCAAUUAAUGAAUACUUUUUUCGAUA